GUAACAGCCGAAACUGUUAGGACAUAACGAAAGUGUUCUUCUCGUAGAAUAGUGAGCAAUUGUUCCCUUUUCUUCCGCUGAGAUAACAGUCUCAUAGCACCAGCUGACAUAACUAUAUCUUCACUGAGUUGUUUUCACAUUUCAAGGAGCGAUUCCGAAGAAAACAAAAUUCAAAUUUUUCGCUUUUAGUUUCCAGCUGCGAUUGGAUUCUCUUUCACAGGAAGGGCAACACGUCUUCUCACCGUUUCUAGUGUAUAGUGUGGAAUGAAUUACAGAGAAUAUUGUCUUGAAUAUAUGUAAUAAAAUAGGACUCACUCAUGGCCAGUGUUACACCAACUGCUUCAUCCACAAAGGAGACAACAAACUAUGCUAGGUUGUGCCGUCUGCUGGUUGAUAUUGGAACCCAAGCUCUUCGAGACACGUUAGAUGCCAUCCAUGCACCAGCUAAUCUGCCCACAGUUUUGGCGGCAAACCAACCUACCUUACAAUCUCUCAGAGCAAAGGGGAUUAUCAAUCCAAUACAAUGGGGAAAGCUUUUCCCUGCCAUUCCAACUUCAGUAUCUUCAAGUAACUUUGACACGACCCUCUUGAUGGUUCUGCUGCGAAACCUGUGCGGCUUAACCGCUCCGCUGACCGGCUGGAACGCAUUCCCUGCCGCAACAGACCUCAGCAGGGAAGCAGACAUUGCCCGAGUGAAGUAUUUUAGGAACACUGUGUACGGUCACGCUGAGAUAGCUUCUGUUGAUGACAACAAGUUCAAUUACUACUGGCGUGACAUCCGGGACACACUGGUCAGACUGGGAGGUGUUAAUUAUGAAGCUGCUAUUGACUAUCUUAGAAACGAGACCAUGGACCCUGUAGUUGAAGAUCACUACGUGGAACUACUGCGUCAGUGGAAAAAGGACGAGGACAACAUUAAAGAUGAGCUGGCAGAGAUUAAGAAAAAGCUUGAAGAAAUAACAUCAAAAGAUAUCAUAGACGAAGAGCGAAUCCCUGAUGGUAAACAAUCCAGCCCAAAGCAAAACUCUGGGGAAAGUUUAUUCGAAGCUAUUCGAAAAAGAUUCACUGAGCAUGGUGAUCUGCAGUCCGGUCAGCCGCAUGCAUCUCCGUCUGUGCCAGAUCGGACCCCUGGUGGAAAUCAAUCUAGCCCUGGGGAAAGUUUAUUUGGACCUCUUUUGCAGAGCUUCACUGGGCAUGGUGAUCCGCAGUCUGGCCAGCUUACGUUGAAAGGACGAGAAAUUCACUACAGGUCACACAGGAAGAUUCACUCUUCAGAGAACCUUUUGGUUUACGACGCUACAGCCUGGGACCUAGAGAGUGGUUUCACCUAUGAUACAAGUGGUUAUGACAACAGGAACGAUGCUGUGGACGAUGCUGUGGACAAACUGAUGGGAAUUCUCAAGAGCGAAGGGCUCCUCAGUUAACGACUUGUGAUUUGGCUCCCCCGGCAACCCACUGGCAUUUGACUGUUUCCCGUGUCCGGGGGUUGGGGAAUUUGAACCUUGCCUGGGUGGGGUCGGGGAUUGGGAUGGUUAGUUUCAAGUCUCUCCAGCUAAAGUUUGGUCAAUGGGUAGAAAGUCACGGUCACCGAUUUUACCUUUUAUAAAAAAGUUGAGUAUAGCAUUUGAGCACAAUUUUUGCCCCCCGGUGAGGAGGGAUGGAGGGAGGGACUCGAAAAAACCAAUCUUCAAAAGUUCAAAUGCCCGGGGGUUUGCUCGGGGUAGAAUGUUAAAGCUUCGAAUUGAUCUACGCUUGAUAAAGAAACUCAAUACAGGCCACUAACUGUCUCUAUUAAACGUCUUUGAGCCAGACUCAUCACGAGGUGAGGAAAAAUUGUACAAGGACAUCAAAAGCUUGAAAGAAGUUUAAAGGAGAGACUCAAAUGGGCUCAGUGCUUUUUACAUUUUAUUGAGUAAAGUUUGACAUCAUUAUUGGUUACAAGGUUUUCAGUAUAUGCAUAUUUUACAUAUUUACAUUUUGCUUAGGGUAGAGCAAAAUAUUUUAGAAAUUUGUAGAACAGGUUGAAAAGGCUGCAAAGAUGACAUCCAUUUGGUCCUUUUCGUUCACCAUGAAUAAUUCGACGGUCUUUCAUGCUUUAGGUCUUGACUUUCCGAUUCUGUCUGUUCUCAGUGUUGCUGCAUUGACUUAUUUCCUACCCCUUAGCUAUUUCUUUCUUUCUCAUUUGACUGUGUUGUUCUGUUGUUUCCUACGAUUUUGCUUAUUUUCUGUUGUAUUUAUUUUUUUACAAGUAUUAUUAUUUGUUUUUUCUAUGUUGUCCAUUUAAUA